AGAAAUUAUGUGGUAUGUUUAAAAUUUGUGUCUGAGAAUAAAUAUUUUAAAAUAUGCAUUUUAGGCUUGAAGUUGAAAAUGCCGAGUUAAAAGUUACAGUCAAGGAGCAAGCAGGCCAAAUUGAACAGCUUCAGAAAGACCUGUUAAGUUCAAGUUCGUGUGGUGAUGAAAAGGAAAACCUAAAGAAAUGUAUGGAGUUAAAACAGCCUUUGCAGUUCAGGUUGGAUCAAGAAGUGAAGAAAAAUGAGGAAUUGGAAAAAGAGAAUACUGGGCUUAAGAACCACUUAAUAAACAUGUUAAGAAGGAUAUUAAGUAAAUAUGAAAAUGGAGAGCUUCCUUUCUAUGGAGAUUUAAAAACCAGUCAAACGGAAAUGGAAAUUCAGAUUAAUAUGCUAAGACAGAAGAUUGGUGAUCUUAGAGCAAGAUUGGAAACUGAAUCUUCAAGAUGUAUAGACCUGGAUGCAAAAAAUCAAGUUCUUCAACAGGAGUUAUUAUCUAUGAAAGCAACAGAGAGGGAAUGUGAAAAACUAAAACAGAUUAAAAAGAACUUGGAAGAAAAAGUAGUAAACCUCAGAAGUCAUGCAGAAGUCAAUGUGGUACAAGGCAUUCAAGUAGAAAAGUAUUAUAAAUGGGAGAUUGACCAGAGAGUAAGAUUGAUUGUAGAAGAAAGAUUAAAAGAAGUCAAUCUAUUUUUACAGAGACAAGCAGCAUCUCAAGAAAACUUAGAGCAGUUAAGAGCAAGUCAUGAUGCUUCAAUAAGAAGUCAAGUGGCACUCAGAAUUAAAGAGCUGGAAUCUGAACUUCAAUCCCAAAUAAGAAAUUCUCAGGAACUUAAAAUAGAAUUGGAAAAGUACAGGCAACUCUACCUAGAAGAAUCAGAAAUGCGAAUGUCAUUGACAAAAAAACUGAGCAAGACUAAUGAGAGGCUGGCAGAUAUCACUACCAAAUAUCUGGUGGAGAGACAGCAGAACAGACCUUUCCACAGCACUCUUACUAUGGGACCAGUCUUGGAAGGGCCUUCUGUUGGAAAUUUGACUAGUAGUUUACUGCUGGAUAGAAAUGUUACUCCAAGAGAAAAUGUAAUGAUUCCUACCUCAAGGCCGCAGACUUCAGUUAGCAGCAUUGAAACUCACUUGUUCAAGAUGCAGCAGAUGUUGGAAGACAGUAUAAUCAGAGAACUAAAAGAAGUUGCUCAUGAUUGAGAAUCAGGAUUCUGUAGAUCUUCUCCUUUAGGACCUACUGACGAAUCAAAUGUAAAUCAAGAUCUAGUACUGCAAGCAUCACGAGAAUAUGUAGAGAUUUUGAAUAGAAAGUAUAUGAUCUGAAAGCUAUAUAGUAAAAGUUUAUUACCUAGAUGUUUAAUAUAACAUUUUAAUUGUUUCCCAGUAAAUAUCUGAUGUACAAAAAAUCUUUAUUAAAGGAAAUGUUGUUAUAUCGUG